GUUAUUGAAUUUGGUUUCGAAAUUUGACCUCUUGUAGUUUUGUUUGUGAAAUAGUCAUGUUCGCGAGAUUCGAGUCAUUAUUAUUUUGUGUUCUAUUUUUGGAAGCUGUGAAAUGCUAUCAAAAUUGCAGGGAUAGCAGAAGCAGCCAUUUACGACAAGAUGGAGGAUUAUGUUUUGAGAUUCCACCAUGGCAGCACCAGCCAGUCGAAGUGGUGAAGCAUUUAAAGAAAAUUCGUAAUGCAUUCGGAAACAGUUAUUCUGAACGUCGCCAGACUACACUUUCUAAAUUUCCAUUGGACAAUCGCGAAAUAAACCGAUACAUGGACACUGUGAUAGCCCCCUUCUUAGACACUUACCACAGAAAUAUCCAGAAUUCCUAUCAACAAUUGACAAAUAAGAUCCUGAAAAAGAUUAAAGAUGAAAUCCACGUCGCUUUAAGGAAGAAGCAGAAAAUCUAUACCGAGCUAACAGAAUUGGCGGACUCCUUAAAAAUUCCACCCAUGUGCGAUGAAGAGCGUCGAGCGUUACGCACGUUGGCUAGUAGGCACGUUGCACAAAUAUACAAAUGCACAGAACAUGCCCGCACAUCCAUAGCAGAGAUGGGCAAGUACGCAGAAGAGAUGAUCAAAAUUACCCGCAAUCACAUGCAAUCCUCGUUAAAUGAAAUGGCCAAAAACGUUGAGACUAUUGAGAAGGUCCAAAAUUCAAAAAUAGUGAAUGUAACAGCUUGUCUCAAAGAACUUUCUACAGAAGCAGUAGCUUUAGGAUACGAGCUUGAUCUCAGCCUCACCAAUGCGAGACGUCACAAUGAACAGUCUUGUGAGAAACUGACUAACUGUUGUAACAAGGCCAGGAAGAAUACAGAGAUAGCCGUUACGUCUUUACGUGAAUAUUUGUAUCAGUGUGUGUAUGCUUAAUAUAAUCGCUAUCCCUAUCCCUACUAAUAUU